AUUUGGUGCAUCGACAGUUACUUUCAGGUUGUGGGAAAGCAGCUUGAAGAGUCGGGCUUUUAAGGGAAAAAGAUUAGGGUGAUAUGUGGGUUUCUGAAUCUUUGUGAAUGAUGGACAGUCAAGUGCCGCGCGACGGGAAGCUGCUGAUUGAUAUUGUGGACGACGUUUGGCUGGCGGAGAAGCUGCCACUAGGCGACAUCAACGUGCCGGUGCAAAGUCUGCCUGACCCUGACCCGGACAACGGACAAAACGGUGACGAGAACAAGGAGCAAGAAGAUCGUUGGAUUGACAAUGCGUUGGCGCGGCUUGGCGAGAUUGGCGUCGAGCGUGGGUCCCAGCUGCCCGCCAUGUUCACGCAUCCUCGUUGAUGGCUUUCAAUCAAUGGGCAUGGCAAACGUGACGGGCAUCAAUGUGUUCGAUAGACAGACGAAAUUAUUGCAACGCAGUCGCGCCGCUUUGGCCCCAGAUGCCGACAAUUACGACUACGUCAAGGCUGAAAUCGGAUACCGUGUAGCGGAUCGGCUCUACGACAUCAAGCGCGAAAUGGACAUCGUCGUUGACCUGGGUUGCGGCAGAGGACACGUUUCUCGCCACAUUUCCGCCGACUGGGUCAAGAAGCUCGUCCUCACCGACCACUGCCCCGAAUGGGCCAACACCGCCGUCAUCGACCCCGAGAUGCCGGCGGAACUCGUUUCCCGGCUCUCGCUCUGCGAAGACAAGGACGCCUGGCCCUUUGAACCCAACUCAGUGUCGUGUUUCCUGAGUAGUCUGAGUCUGCAUUGGGUCAACGACUUGCCGCGUUGUUUAGGGAACAUCGCAUCGUCUCUGAGGCCCGACGGUGUUCUCAUUUGUUCCGUGUUUGGCGGGGAGACGCUGUAUGAAUUGCGUGCGAGUCUCCAAUUGGCUGAGUUGGAACGUGAAGGUGGAUUUGCAGCCCAUGUGUCGCCGUUUGUGCGAGUUGAGGAUUUGGCAGGGCUGCUGAACAAGGCUGGAUUCACGAUGCUCACGUUGGACUCGGACGAGGUCGUUGUGCGAUAUCCGUCCAUGUUCGAGGUCAUGCGUGAUCUUCAAGGCAUGGGCGAAAGCAGUGCGACGUGGACGAGAAAAGCUCAUUUGCACCGGGAAACGCUGAUGGCCGCAGCUGCAAUUUACCGAGAAAUGUACGGAUUUCCAGAAGAGGACGGCAUGCCGGAAGGAGUACCUGCGACUUUCCAGAUAUUGUACGCGAUCGGCUGGAAACCGGACCCUUCGCAGCCGAAACCCGCGGCCAGAGGAACACGCCUUCACAGAGACUUCCUAAAUGGUCGGGAC